AUGGCGCCCCGCGGCAACUCGCUGCGAGACAGGCAAAUAGCAUCGCUUAGAAAGAUCCUCAAUCUCAACGAAGCACCCGAGUCGACAGAGGGAGGCGACGAUUCUCAGACAAAUGGCUUCCUAGCGACCGCCACGCCGAUACUGGAUGCUGAAGGCGACCCGAUAUGGAAGGUGUUGGUGUUCGACGACCUGGGACGGGAUGUCAUCUCCUCCGUACUCCGAGUGAGCGACCUGCGGGCAAUGGGAGUGACUGUGCACAUGAACAUCACAUCCUCGCGGCACCCAAUACCAGAUGUUCCUGUCAUCUACUUGCUCGAGCCCACACCCCAGAACCUUCAAGGCAUCACCAGCGACCUCCAAAAAGGGUUGUACUCUCCAGCUUAUAUCAACUUCCUCUCCUCGAUACCGCGCCCCCUACUUGAAGAUUUCGCCUCGCAAACAGCCACUGCAGGGACUUCGGAGCACAUAGCCCAGCUAUUUGACCAGUACCUCAACUUCAUCGUCGCGGAGCCAGAUCUAUUCUCCCUGGGCAUGGAAAAAGAGCACACAUAUUUAGCACUGAAUAGUGCGAAGACAAAAGACGAAGAGCUAGAUCAUAUCGUGGAUAGAAUCGUCAGCGGUCUGUUUAGCGUCGUGGUGACCAUGGGUGUCAUUCCUAUCAUUCGCUGUCCAAAAGACGCAGCCGCAGAAAUGAUUGCCGCGAAGCUUGAUCGCAAGCUCAGGGACCAUAUUCUGAAUUCCAAGGACAACCUCUUUUCCUCUUCCUCAAACCGGCCUGCUUCGUCGGCUGGAACUCCUACCUCCCGCCCUGUCCUUAUCAUUCUCGACCGUAACGUGGAUCUACUUCCCAUGCUCACACAUCAAUGGACCUACCAAGCCCUGGUGCAUGAUGUGCUGAACAUGAAGCUCAACCGAAUCACCAUUGAAACACCGAUAGACGAGAACAAUCCAGCGAGGGGUGUCACCAAGAAGGCUUUUGAUCUGAAUGCCAACGACUUCUUCUGGCAGAAAAACGCGCCGCUGCCAAUCCCUACUGUAGCUGAGGAUAUCGAUGCCGAGUUGACUCGGUACAAAGAGGAUGCGGCUGCGAUUACCAAGAAGACAGGCGUGACAGACCUCGAGUCUUUACAAACGGAUACUAGCGCCAGCGCGCAACACUUGAAAGCAGCUAUCACUUUACUACCCGAACUUCAAGAGCGCAAGGCGGUCUUAGAUAUACAUAUGAACAUCUUAAGCGCUCUCUUCACUGGGAUCAAGAACAGACAGUUGGACAACUACUUUCAGAUCGAAGAAAAUGUCACAAAGCAGACAAGAGCGCAGAUGCUGGAACUGAUUAAGGAUGCUGACAAGGGCAACCAGCCAAUGGACAAGCUACGGCUCUUCAUCAUCUGGUAUCUCAGCACAGAGCAAGAAGUGAGCAGGCAAGACUGGCAGCAGCUUGAAGAGGCACUUACGGCCGCUGGCGUGGACGUGACAUGCCUGCCCUACAUCAGACAGGUCCGCGCCACCACGAAGAUGACGCAACUCACGACCAUCAACGCCUCGUCCGGCCAGCAGGCGCAAUCGGGCUCGUCAGACCUGUUUCACCGCUUCUCCAACAUCUCGUCGCGGCUCACCGACCGCCUCAAGGAGUCCGGCGUCCCCACCGGUGCCCUGUCGGCUAACAUCGACUCGUUCAUCGGCGGCAUCAAGAAUUUCCUGCCCGCGAACCGUGACCUGACCGUCACCAAGGUCGUCGAGUCCAUCAUGGACCCCGCCACCGCCUCCUCCACCGCCAUCGCCAAAACCGAGAACUACCUCUACUUCGAUCCCCGCAGCGCAAACGCCCGUGGCACCAUGCCGCCGCCGUCGGCGUUGCGCGCGGGCGGUGGCCUCUCGGCGGGCUCGACGCCAGGGGCGCUUCCAGGUUCGCAGGCGCCGGGCAGCGGGGCGUCGUUCGGCCAGAGGCGGCAGGGCUUCUCCGAGGCGGUGGUCUUUACCGUCGGCGGUGGCAGCAUGGACGAGUACGGCAACUUGCAGGAGUGGGUGACCCGCACGAGCGGCGGCGGCGACCGCACCAAGAGGCGCGUGGUGUACGGAAGCACCGAGCUGCUCAAUGCCUCGGAGUUCAUUCACGAGGAGCUCGAGCGGCUGGGCCGUGAGGUCGCAUCGUGA